GUUUUCGCUAAUCAUUUACCUGCAAGCAAUUCGACAAUUGCAAAAAACUGAGAGAAAUUUAUUUGAAAGGUAAAGAGGAUCCUGCACCCUGCCUCCCUCAGUGGGUGAAUGCCAGUCUCUGGGAGGAGAGGACCAGCAUGUCUACUGAAGCUGCUGUCAAGGUGGCAGCAGGAGACAUUUCCAGUGAUGGUCAUUCAAACACCGCUCAAGAGCAAGCCCCCAGGAAAGGUCUCUGUUCCGUCCGACACGGGUUGGCCCUCAUCUUGCAGCUCUGUAAUUUUUCAAUUUACACCCAACAAAUGAACUUGAGCAUUGCCAUCACAGCCAUGGUGAACAGCACGGUGGCUCCCAGCCAGCCCACUGCCUCCACAGAGAUGCCCCCCACGCAUCCCCAGGACCACUGGAACUCAUCUCUAAAGGAAUCCAAGGCAGUGGUCCCUGCAUACGACUGGAGUCCUGAGAUCCAGGGCAUCAUCCUCAGCUCCCUCAACUAUGGCUCCUUCGUGGCCCCCAUCCCCACGGGCUACGUGGCUGGGAUAUUUGGAGCCAAGUACGUGGUCGGCAUCGGCCUGUUGGCUUCCUCCGUCCUGACCCUCUUCAUCCCGCUGGCCGCUGAUGCUGGAGUGGCCUUGCUCAUCGUCCUUCGGGUCAUCCAAGGCAUAGCCCAGGUUAUGGUAUUAACAGGUCAAUAUUCAAUUUGGGUCAAAUGGGCUCCCCCGCUGGAAAGGAGUCAACUCACCUCCAUUGCUGGAUCAGGGUCAAUGCUGGGGACCUUCAUUGUCCUUCUCACUGGUGGCCUCAUCUGCCAGAACAUAGGAUGGCCUUAUGUCUUCUAUAUAUUUGGUGGAAUUGGAUGUGCCUGCUGCCUUCUCUGGUUUCCUCUCGUUUACAAUGACCCUGGGAAUCACCCCUUCAUCAGUGCUGGUGAGAAGAGAUACAUCACGUGCUCCCUGGCUCAACAGGACUGUUCGCCAGGCUGGACUCUGCCCUUAAAAGCCAUGAUCCUAUCCCUGCCACUUUGGGCCAUUGUUGUCUCUUACUUCUGUGAAUACUGGCUUUUUUAUACCAUAAUGUCGUACACGCCCACAUACAUCAGUUCCGUACUUCAAACCAACCUCAGAGAUAGCGGGAUCCUGUCGGCUCUGCCCUUUGUUGUUGGCUGUGUCUGCAUCAUCCUGUCAGGUCUCCUGGCCGACUUCCUCCUCUCCAGAAGAGUCCUCAGACUUGUCACCAUCAGGAAGCUCUUCACUGCCAUAGGUGUGGUCUUCUCCUCUGGGGUCCUGGUGGCCCUGCACUGGGUCAGAUCCAGCCACAGCACCAGCAUGGUCUUCCUGGUGCUGUCUUCUGCCUUCAGCAGCCUCUGUGAGGCCGGCGUGCUGGUGAACUUCUUGGAUAUCGCUCCUCGGUAUGCUGGCUUCCUCAAGGGGCUGAUGCAAAUCUUUGCACACAUAGCAGGAGCCAUCUCGCCCACCGUAGCAGGAGUGCUCAUCAACCAGGAUCCAGAGGUUGGCUGGAGAAACGUGUUCCUGCUGGCAGCUGCCGUCAACAUCUCAGGUCUGGUCUUCUACCUCAUGUUCGGCAGAGCAGAAGUUCAGGACUGGGCCAGAGAGCGGAGAUUCACCCACCUCUGAACAGACAGAGCGGCGCAUGCGCUCCCUCACUUGGUGUCCACUGCUGUCCCCCACGGACCUUCCCCUCUGAGCCUGCGUGGCUGGAUAGCCCCGUGAUGGGAACUGGCUUGGUUUUCAGUAUCUCCUCAUGUCCUUGCCUCUGUAAUACUGAAGAUUUUACCAGGCUGGGAGAUUUUACAGAGGAAACCGUAGGUGUGUCUGAAUGGCUAAGUGUCCUCCAUUCUCUUAAUUUCUGAAACAAUGGAAAGUACCCCAGACUAGGAGACCUAAGCAGGCAAAGUCGCUCCCAUGUUGAGGCAGGAGGGAAUCAGGCCCUUCCGAGGCUCCGUGUGGGUACGAUGUCUGCACGGAAACCUGCAAGGAGAAAAGGAUGACAGAGAGUGAAUCCAUCUCAACAGGAGCAAUGAACGUCCUGCAGUGGUGUGGGCAGCAGGUGUGGGCUCUUCCGAACUUGCUCUCUGGGAAUGCCAGCUCUCCAUCGGGAUCAGCUCAGUCGUAUCUCAUUGUUCAGGUGCUCUGUGGAUCCAGCUCACCCAUAGCCGCCAUCUUUGUGGCCAUCUUGACUUUGGUCCCGCAUCUGGUGUGUGGGUCCAGGCAGAUUACUGGCAGCUUAGUGGAUAAACAUUGUCCAGUUUCUCUCCUGUCCCCUCAAACAUAUCUUCAUAGAGAUCCUUCCAUCUUAGAUGGUCUUCAUUUGCUUCUGACCUUUGGGACCUUCCUUGCCAUCAUUGUGCCACAUUCAGUGUCCCAAAAAACUAUAUAAGACCCACACUGGCUUGAUCCCAGUCCAGGGGUCAGGGACUGACCUAGUGUGUCUGCUCUCAGUGAGCCCCCACAUGGGCAGUACAGGAGCCAUGAAAGAGAUCAAAAAAAUUCAAAAACUAAGUGAAUAUUGAUGAACAUGUAUGCAUUGCUCAGGGGGGCAUAACAGAAAACAAAAUCAUACACAGCUCACAGGAGCUCAGUAUCUCAGAAGGCAGGUGGCCUUAAUCGAGUAUCACACAAAUGAAUGUGUAAUGAUAACCGUGGGAAUUGAAGCAAUGGGGACAUGCACAGGAGAGUGAGUGAUGUGCAUGUGCACUGACGUAGGCAAGAGAGGUCACACACGAAGCUCCAGAUGGGAUCUGGAGGACAAGUGUUAACUGUGGCAGGAGGUCCAUGGGGAGAAUGUUCUAGGAAGGGGCACAGCGUACGCCAAGGCUUGGAUGCGAGAGAGAGCAGUCAGGCGUGGACAGAGUGCAGAGAACAAGAAAGGCAGGGUGGGUGAGUAGGCUGUGGGGUUCCGAAGGGCUAGAGCACCCAGGUACUGGGACCAAGCAAGAAAGCACUAGAUCAGUGGGUGGGUUAGUGUGUUAGUGGGAAGGACAAGAUCGGCGUUCUGUGUUUUGGAAGUCAUUCUGCAUGAGGGAGCAGGAAGGAAUAGGGAUUCCCCGUGAACUUCCUCAAGUGAUAGGGUGUCUCUGGAGCCACCUGCAGAGCCAGCACUGAGCGAAUGAUCAACCAGACCACAGCUGGACCAAGGCUGCUGGGUUACCCAGACCUCUCGCCCCCACCCCAAUUCUUCCUGUUUCAACCUGCAGCUCCUGUCAGUGCCCCAAGACAGGGAUCAGAUGCAGGACCUCACCUUGCCUUCCCAGUGUGGCCAACUGGACAAAUUUCUCUUCCUGCUUUUCUGUUUGAUUUUUGGGGUGAAUGACUGCACCUGGUUGGUUAGAACCCUGAAGACGGGUGUCUGGCCCAGGACUCCCGUGACACUAUCAGCACAGCAAAGGGAAAAGCAAGACCAAGAAAAAGAGCUCUGCUACACGCCGCUAGGUGCCGCUGUUCCCAGAGCCUCCCACCACCUCGCCUGUCACCUGCAAGGCAAGCUCAGAGGUCCCAGGGCCUAUACCUGUCACCAGGUGGCCACAGCAGCUCAAGCAGACCUGGCCCAGCCAAGGAACAGUUGUCAGAAACAGAAAGGGCUCCCCAUUUUGAAGAGGAAAAGGAAGCAGAGAAGGAAUUCGCUUGUAAGUGUGAAACUGAACACUUCAUCAAAGACUUCGGAAGUGUACGCACCACGGAAAUGUAAAAUAUUCUAUAAAACUUCUGAAUUACUCGAGCAGGCAGGAGGGCAGCAGCAGGAGGAAGACCACCAAGAUAAGGAGGAGUUUCUGCAAGGAAGCAAAUCAACUCAGGAAAAUGAGGUACAUUUGCAACGUCAGACGCAGUUGGAUUUGAUGCAUCUAGACCAAAGGGACAGCUCUCAAAGCGGUGAAAUAAUUGAAGUCACUUAUAUGUCCUUUUCGAAAAACACUUAUUAAGUGAAAUGAUUUGGAAAGGUGGAAUUUAGAAGCGAUGUAAAAUAGUCCAGAAUCUUCAGACUUUUACACACACACACACACACACACACACACACACUCAUAAUUUAGGGUUGCCAUAUCAAUAGCAGAAAGUAAAUUAAAAUCAAAAAGUAGAAAUCACAGGAUAGAAAAAGCUGAUAAAAUUAUCAAAUCAAAAUACAGCAGGGACACCCAAUGCUUGUUUCUUGACAGUUGCCAAACUGCCCAUGAACUCCCGCGGAGCAGUGCCCGUGACCACGCAGUCUCCAGAGCUCAUUUCCUCCGCCUCUCUUCUUCCUCUAACUCUUCCAGGACUUGAAGCUCAUUUACAAAACAAACCUCCCUUACCCCCACUGCUUCCAGAGAGAAGGGUAGCCACAGAGAAGGUCAGGCCCUGAGGCCUUCUUAGCCUGAGCUGUGGAAAUAACUGGAUGGACCCCUGAAGAAGGCGCCUGCCUGUCUUCCUUGGCUUGGCUCCCAUGGGCUUGCUUCCGGGGAGUGGGUUUCUUUGCCAGUUCCUAGGUCAGGGCCUCCUUUGGUUUUGUCCAUUGUUGAAGCUGAUAGAAUACAUUCUGAACACUGGCCUUAUUGCUGAGGCUGUGGGGAAAGAGGUCGCACCUGUUUUGGGAGCAGAAAGAAACCUUUAUGGCAGUGAGUGAGGACAGGGUACGGCUACUUUGCAAGUGCCUAGGACGGUCUCCUGUGAACUUUCUCUGUUAGUGGCAAGAUUAGGAGCAACGUGAAAGAAAUUAGGGUUUCUCUGGGUCAAUAGUGAAUGUGCCGGACGUAUUUGGGACUGAAUACUAAAUAAGGAGGUAGAUAUGAGACCAUCAAGCCAGCUCUCAGUCUUAUGGGGUUAACAGACACACCAGAAAAUUAGGUGUUAACAAAUGAGCCAGUCUUUAAGGCUACGGAAUUAAGAUGAUUCUUAAUUAGGAGAUUAGGAAGUCAGUCCAGCUUUCUAAGACUGUGUGUUCAGCAGAGAUACCAAGGAGCCACAGCUGGAUGAGACCAUGUCACUUAAAUCAAACCCAUGACACAGAGGCAGGUGAGGCAGAGAGGGCAACUAAGCCCACCUCUCCGUGCGAUGACAUCACGGGCCUGGUCCCUGUCCACCCAUCGAUGCCCAGGAGCUGUCCACCUCUGCCCUUCGAGGCAGUCUUGGAUUCUGUCCCCACACGCUGCCUCCCUUACUCCAGAGCCUAAGCAUCGUCUUGCUCCUGCCUCGGCUGGACUUUGAUAUGAUUCUGACGGAGAGCACAGGGUCCCAGGGAGAGGGGACAGCAGGAAUCAGGUGCUGGUGCUCCCGUGGCUAUGAUCUUGUCCCCGCCAUUCCUCUCUUGCUCUUCUCCUCUCAGUUCCCUGUGGCCUGGAGAAAGGGAUGUCUCUUCCUGAAGGAAACAGACUUGGGCGAAGAGCUCUGCUGGGGGUGCCACCUGGAGAUCUGUGAGCAGCCAGGGGCCAGCGAGGCUCCAGGUCUUCUCCAUGAGGGAGAGGAGAACACACACAGGAUGGAGCACAGUGCUCUGCCAGGUGUUUGUUAACAAUCCCAGGGCUGGGCGCAGUGGCGCACACCUGUAGUCCCAGAGGCUGAGGAGGCUGAGGCAGAAGGAUGGCGAGUUCACAGCCAGCCUCAGCAAUGGCGAGGCACUAAGCAACUCAGUGAGACCCUGUCUCUAAAUAGAAUACAAAAUAGGGCGGGGAGUGUGGGCCAGUGGUCGAGUGCCCCUGAGUUCAAUCCCCAGUAUCACCCCCCCCCCCAAAGAAAAAACUCACAGGAAGUACCAAGGACGUUGCACACAUCCUCAGCCAAUCAGAUGUGCCGGAAGAGCCUCAUCUGAGUCCACGUGCAUAUGCGCAGGUCCUGGGCUGCUUUUCUCAUGGCACGAAGCCCCCCACUCAUUAGCAAAGCACAAUGCUGGAGCACAGUGGUUGGAUUAGAGCCACUGAGCUCUGACUGUAACUACCCACACCAGAGGAUGAGCCCCAGUGUGUGUUCCCUGUUCAUCGACUGUGCACCCAUCAACCAGUUAUCACUGAUUAAGGCACUCCACAUACGAAUGCACAAGUUACCCUCUACAAAUCCUAGGAAUAAAUACACUUGCUUUUUUUUGUUGCAUAUCGAUAAAUAAGAAAUACAUAGUAUCCAGUAGGUAAGAAAUGCCAAUGGAUCACUCACAAGACAGCAAAUUGAGACGACCAACUCUUGUGACCACAGAAAUAGCAAAGCCACAGAAAUAUAAAAGUGUACAUUCCCAUUCACAAUAAAAGAUGACCUAUUUUAAAGUUAUAGCACAGCUUUUGUCAGGUUGGUAAGAUGUAGUGAGAUGAAGGUGCAUGCUCCUUGGCUUGAAUGGCACAGGGAGCCUGACAAGGACACUCCCUCUGCCUUCUUCUUGUCGACACCGGUGUCCCUGCCUGGGCAGAGGUGGCCCUGCUGUGUGCCCCCCCCCCAUCUCCUUAUCAUCUCAUCCUCUUUUCUGCAGUGUCCAUCUUGACUUUUAAUAUUCUUUCCCACAACCUUCUGCUGUCUGAGCACCUCCUGUCCCCUGCUGCUCUGAGCUCCUGCGGGCUGCACUGACCUGUCCAGCCAGUCUAAUGACUUUGCUAGUUUGUAGGUUCAUUUUGUACUAUAAGCUUUCAACUUAGGUCUGCUUUGUGGAAAUACUUUUCUGUUGAGUUUUCCUCUUUUAGAAUACUUAUGUGCCCUCUUUCUUCAUUUUUUCAUCUAGUACCUUUGUAUAGCAUCAAAUUACAUUUCUAGGUUUGGAGGGUCUUUUUUCUUCCUUUCAACUCAUUAAAGAUUACAUUUUCAUUUGCAUGA